AUGGACGGAGCACGUCGAUGCCAGUGGCCGAACUUACUUCUACAACACGAACCUGAGGGAGUCGCUGUGGAAGCAUCCCAUGGAUCAGGAGUUUGUAGAGAUCGCCAACUACUGGAGGCGAGCCCUAAAAGAUGGCGGCUUUUGGGAUAUCGACGAAGAGCUGGCCGAAAUGGAGGAGAAAAUCCGCGCCAAUCUGGCAAACUGGAUGGAGCUCUACGACGACUCCGGCCAAAAGUUCUAUUUCAACCGGAAGACGGAGGAGAGUUUGUUCGACGACCCACGUCACACGACCUACCACAGCCUCUACACCAGAAUCAGGCACCGGACUGUGAGCUCCGAGGGCUAGACAGGCCCCAUGCUGGCACACAAGCGGUGAGUCGCGAACACUGUGCUUGUAUCAUUAAAGUAUUUAUUUGUAUGUUGUAG